AUGGUCACUGGAGAAUUGAAUGUAUCUCGGGUUAUAGUAUUUUAUAGCAUAGACACGCUGAUGGACGAGGUGGUGUAUCUGGUUAUAAGUAUAACAAUUCUAAUUAAACAGUACAAUUAUAUCCUGAAUGAGCAGAAGUUGGAACAACUUUUGAGCGAAAUCGUGAUCGAUCACCUGAUGAAACGACCGAAGGAAGAACUGGAAAUUUUGGACACGUACUAUAGGAAAGCGAUAAUAUUCUCUUCUAUAUAUAAAGCCAGUAUAUCUACGUCAGCCUUGAUGUUUAUCCUCAUACCGGCCAUACCACCUAUUUUGAACAUCAUAGCGCCCCUGAACGAGUCACGAGGCCGCGAAUUCGUCUACCCAGCUUAUUAUUUCGUUGAUGAACAGCGAUAUUAUUAUCCUAUACUAGCUAAUAUGAUAGUAGGAGCAGUAGUACUUGCAGCCGUAUAUAUAGCCUCUGAUAUCAAUUUGAUAUAUCUCAUACAUCACGGGUGUGCUUUGUUGGCCAUCAGCGGAUAUCGUUUCAAGCACGCGUUAGACGAUGUGAAUCUAUAUGAUGAAAAGUACAACGAUGCAUUAAUGCAUGAAGCUUACGCGAAGGUGUGCCGAUCUAUCGAAGGUCACAAAAGAGCUGUCGAAUACUUGGAAAAAAUCGAUGCCUGCUACGUGCAUUACUUCUUCCUACUCUUGGGCCUCAUAAUCAUAGCAUUCACAUCUACUUUCGUUAGGUUGUCAACGAUGGAAAUAGGGACCAGAUACUUCACGUUUUGUACAUUCACUGUUGCGCAAUUAAUCCACCUGUUAUUUCUGACGAUUAUGGGACAAUUUGUAGAAAACUCCAACAACGAAAUCUUUCAGCGAAUUUAAGCCGAAUUAAAUUCACGAUAAAAUUCGAUAUCAUACAGAUAUGAAGCCAAUUGGUACAGUGGUUCGUCUAGAACACAGUUACUGUAUGUACUGGUGUUGCGAAAAUGUUUAAAUCCGCCUGUACUAUCGUGUGGAGGAAUGGUCCGUUUGAAUUUGGUCAGCUUUGUACAGGUCCUCAAAGCAUCUUUUUCGUAUUACACAAUGUUCAGAUCUGCGUAG